AUGUAUAAAUCAAUAAUUAGUGAUCAUUUUCAAAAAAUAAAAGAAGCAAUAGUAGCAUUUAUUAUGGAGAUAUCUGGUGUUGAGUUUAUACACUUUAUUAAUAUGUUAAACUAUACGCUUUAAUUAAUGUUUGAAUCGUCAUUUGUUAAUAAAAUAGAUAUUAUUACAAUAGUAACUUAAAAAUGCAUUAUUACCAUAAUAUUGAAACUACUUUAUAUCUAAUUAUUUGAUAAAUCUUAAUUUAAGUAUGAAAAAGCUACUUAAAAGUAGUAAGUGUAAUAAGUUGUAUAUAAGUAUUAGCAUCUAUAAUUGGAUUAUUUUUAUUGAAAACUUUCUUUUUUGGGUAAGUAAACAUAACCAGAUGGAUAAAUGUAGCAUAUAAUCCAAUAUCAACAAUGAGAAUUGAAUAUAAAGAUUAUGAUAAAGUAUUGAUUUCAUUAAUUGUAAUGCUUCCACUCCUUUUAUUUACUGGAAACAUUUAGUAUCAACUUAUUUGUCUCUUUUAACCAUUAAGUUAAGUAUUUAUAUAGAUUAUAAAAUAUUUGAUGAACGAUGAAAUUGAAUAAUUUUAAUUAGUAUUAUAUACGAAUCUCAUAGGAUUGCCCAUUUACAUUAUGUUAAGUUUGUUUAAUGGAAAUGUAUAAAAUAUCUUUGAUAUGACAUAUUUUUUGUAAUUAUAUUUAUCUAUUUAGCGAUAUUCUAACAAUGUGUAUUUCUUAAAUGCUUGUUUAUUUGGCUUUUGAUGAAUUAAAAAAUUAAUAUUCAUCUUAUCUGUACAAUUGGACUCUCUUUGGUUGUAUAAUUAUGCUAUCGAUGGUUUUUAUGUAUAGAGAAGAUGAAGUUAUUUUGAUAUUUUUACCAUUAUUAGUGAUAUUAAUAAUGUUUGCAUCAAUAAGUAUACAGAGAUAGACUUGA